AACCACAUGUCCUGCCGUGUAGCGGCUCAUCCAGCACCGGGACACUUGUCUUCUCUUUUAAUCCUGGUCCUCCCUCUUUCCAAGAACCAGCCAUGCAUCUCAGCUCACACGAGUCGUGCCAUUCGCUUCUCUUGUUUUGCAUCCUCCUGAGGAGUUGCCAAGCCUUCAAGAACGACGCCACGGAGCUGCUGUUCUCGCACGUGAGCGCGCCGGUGCUGGAAGUUCAGAGCAAUGUGUCCCUGAACCGCGCACGGACCGGCGGGAGAGCAGCGGGCAACGCGGCGCAGGAUAGAGGCGAGCGAAGUCAAAUAGGAUGCAGAGAGCUGAGGUCCACUAAGUAUAUCUCUGACGGCCACUGCACCAGCAUCAACCCCAUCAAGGAACUGGUGUGUGCAGGCGAGUGCCUCCCAGCUCAGAUGCUUGAAAACUGGAUCGGUGGGGCAAAUGGGAGGAAAUUCUGGGCUCGUCGGAGUGGUAACCACGACUGGCGGUGCGUCAACGACAAGACCCGCACCCAGCGUAUCCAGCUGCAGUGCCAGGACGGCAGCAGCAGAACGUACAAAAUCACGGUGGUCACAUCCUGCAAGUGCAAGAGAUACUCGAGGCAGCACAACGAGUCGGGUAACAAGUUCGAGGUGCCUGUUGUGUUGCCACCACAGCUCCUGCACAAACACAAAUCCAAAAGCAAGAGGAGGUUGGGCAAGAAUCGAAUGAGUGAGAACUGGCACGAGACUCAGCCCUGAGAGCUGAGAAACAAGCAGACUGGCUCCUAACCCUCAGGAGUUUUGUCUCUGUGACAUUCAGAGGUUGUGGAUUAUCUCUCUAUGACUGGGACUUGAAUUAUGUGAAGCUGGUUCCUCACUAUGAUAGAGACUCUAAUGGGAACACUAAGGACUCAUUUUUAAAUUUUAAUCCAUGUUGUUAAAUGGACUAUGAACAGGAUGGUGUAUGGUGUGAAAUGCCCUCUGCAGCAGAUGCAUGUUCUAUAAUUAUUCUAUAGACCUGUGCUGGUGGAGAUCACCCAUAAAAAAAAUACCAAACAUUUUUUUUAAAAACUUGUGUAAAUACUUGUACAUAUAUAAACAUGUAUGUUUGUAGUAUGGCCAUGUGUAUAAGAUUUUACUAUGUAAGUUUAUGAUGUAAUAUAUUUUUAUGGCAACAUGAUCAUUUUGGCUUUACAGUGACUUCAGCAUUUGGAUGAAGUCAGGAAAAGUUUUGUUAUUAAUCACUCUUAAUAUGUCUUUGUAUGAAAUAAAUAUAACUUUUUUUUAUCACA